AGGAACUAUGUUGCUCUCUUAGCUUUAACAGCGUUCGGUUGGGAACCCGGAUGGCUCGCACCGGUUUUCUCCCGCUGGCUCGCGCUAAUCUUUCAGCCUGAGGUCUUAAGUAUGCCAUCACUUGACAAUUUGACACGACAUUAUACAUAUCACAUCAAUAGCUGACUGUAUCGAUUAUGUGCAGGGUACAAAACGCGGUUCGUAUCAUCAAAUCGAGGGAGUUCGCUGGACUUCUACCUCUGCACUUACGGCUCUAGCUAGCUCGUCCGUGACUCACUGGACUCACUGGGAUGGAUACCUCCAAUUCUCAUGAAAUCAUAGCAAGCGAAAUAACGCCUCUGAUACCUGCAAAGGGCUCGAAGAUACCUAAAACACCCCUUCCAAAACUUCAGAUAGGCAUUCUUAUAACGCUGCAACUUGUGGAACCCAUCGCUUCGACAUCUAUAUUUCCGUACAUCAAUCAGCUUAUCAGCGAACUUGGAAUCACUGGGGGUGACGAUGCGGCUGUAGGAUAUUAUACUGGAAUCAUUGAAUCUCUGUUUUUCGUUGCGCAGGCACUGACAAUGCUGAGGUGGAGUAGACUGUCUGACCGCAUUGGGCGCAAGCCCGUGUUGGUAGUUGGUCUCUCAGGUGCUUGCAUUUCGAUACUGUGUUUCGGCCUCUCAACGACCUUCUGGAGUCUUGUUGUUAGCCGUUGCAUGUGCGGUUUUCUAAACGGCAAUGUGGGAGUUAUGAAGACUAUGAUGGGGGAAUUAACGGACUCUACAAAUAUGGCUCAGGCAUUUGCCUUGUUCCCGAUUGUCUGGAGCAUUGGAGGCUUUGUCGGUCCUUUAAUGGGCGGAGCACUCGCGCGGCCACAAGAUCAUUGGCCCACAUUAUUCGCCAAUCCAUUUUGGGGAAAAUACCCAUACUUUCUGCCUUGCGCAGUGGCAGCCUGUUUGUUCAUCCCAGCCCUUUUUAUGAUGUUAAUCUUUUUAGAAGAAACACUAUCAACAAAGCGUCGACCAAGGUUGACGUCAGCCACGCUCGGCGUUUCAAGUGGUGAAUCACCGCAUCAACAAUCCAUGGCAUAUACCCCCUUGCGAUCUCUGCUCACACCUGCCAUUGUUGUUCCAAUUGCAAACUACGCCAUGCUCGCUUUUCUUGACGUUUCUUUCAGGGCUCUUUUACCGCUGUUCCUUUCGACACCUACAUGUCUUGGCGGCCUUGGAUUUUCUCCUUCGUCUAUUGGCUCGUGGCUGGCGUUUUUUGGAAUCGUGGAUGGUGUCUUUCAGGUAUUAUUCUUCGCCAAAAUUGUCGAUCGCCUUGGUCCAAAGCGUCUAUUUUGUAUGUCAGUGUCAUGCUUCGCACCAGUCAUGGUCAUGUUUCCCAUAAUGUCAUGGCUUGUAAACGCAAAGGGGGGUCACGCAGUCACGUUCACCUUGCUUUGCCAAUUCAUUAUCGUGAUUGUAUGGGAUAUGGCCUUCGGGACUGUCUUCAUGUUUAUCACGGCCUCUGCCCCUACCAGCACUGUACUUGGCGCUAUUAAUGGUUUUGGCCAGACCUCUGCGUCAAUGGCUCGUGCAGUCGGGCCCGCAUUGGCGACUUCGCUCUUUGCUGUAUCGAAGGAACGCAAUCUUCUUGCAGGAAAUGCCGUAUAUAUCGUUCUAAUUAUGCUAGCUGGUGUGUUGAGAUGGUUGGGGUCGCAGUUACCAGAUGAAGUACAAGAUAGGAAUGAGUGAAAGGUUGGUACCUCUUCCGUGAUCUCUCACUUCACCACGUAUGAGUACCCAGGAGCUUCUUCAGAAUCUUAAUGGAAAUGUCAAUUUUUACAUGGGACAUUAUGUCUGACAGAGCGAAUGCCACCAUUCAAUCUAGUUAAUCCUCCCACUGAGCAUGUUGAAUGGGGUUCGCCCAGCCAAUUGUGUGGCAACCUGUAAUGAUGUAGUUCGACUCUACCUUUCCCACAUUUUGACAGUUUGUGUCUCCGUUUCGGGUAAGUGCUUGAUAAGUUGUCUGCUACUUUUUGCAGUCAAAAGUCAGGGGCUACCUCUCUAGCACACUCCGAUGUAGAUUCGAAACAUCAUUUAUAUUUUAACAUCAG